AUGGCCGAGGGCACCUCACCGUAUCUGUUCUUAUUCUACAGAUGCUUCUUGGGUUCGGCACUGAUGAUGCUGACCUUGUGCUGCAUUCCAGCAGCCCGGUCCAGGGCGGACAAGCCCUUUUAUCCAGUGUCGGAGAUCGUGCGAUGUCUGCGAUCCGAUGGCGACAAGUUUUUCAUUCUAGCAUGCUUGCUCGGCCUGAACACAAUCGGCGGACUAAUGGCCGUGGCGAGACUGCCGGCAAUUGUGUGUGCGAUCUUCCAACCCAUCUUGCCAGUGAUUGCUGCAGUGAUGUCCACUUUACUGGGCAUUGAGCCCUGGUCAACUGGCAAAGCAAUCUGCAUCUGUGUCUGCACCAUGGGUGCGACAAUCGUCAUAGUUUCUGGACAUGAGCUGCACAUUCUGGGGCUGUCGUCUUCGAGCAGCACACAAGUGGGCUGGCUAUUUCUUGCUGUGAACGUCACAGCUGGUGCUGCCUACAAUGUGGUCCAGAAACAAUGUGGAGUUUUGCACAACUACUCACCCAUCUUUGUUGCUGGGGUCUCCUUCUUAAUUGCAGCUUGCGGCAUCCUCCCUUCUGCUUGCUACUCCGCCCCUGCAGCCAAAGACUGGCUGUGCACAGACCACCUCAUCACCCAGAUGGCUUUGGCCUACGCUGCUGUGUUCGUUACGGCAUACAACUAUAGCGUGAGUGCAUGGGCCAACAAGGUAUCAUCACCUACCACGGUGGUUGCUUUCCAGACUCUGCAGCCUGUCGCCACGUGCUGUCUCAACUACGCCGUAUAUGGCCUCCAUCUGACGUUUGCACAAGCCCUGGGUGGUUCGGCCAUUGUCGCAGGUCUUUUGGCAGAUGUCUUGUGGAAGAAUGCAGAAGCCAGCCAUCACGAGCUUGUCGACGAGGUUGCCAGGCUAAACAAGGAGAUCAACGAUAUCCAGCAGGACAACAACGUUUAUGCGUCGCUGGAGAAGCGCUACGACAACCUUGUCAAGACGGUGCGAUCUCUUGAGGGUGACCUCGCAGAUCACAACCUGGCCACAGACAAGCAGCGCACAGACACACGGCCAGAAGAAGUUCACCAUAUGUACACCAUCAUGAAGUCUCAGAAUGAACAGCAGCGAGCUGAUGUGGAUCAGAUUUUCCUUGAGAAAAGAAGCCAUGAAGAGGAGAUCGGACGCAUGGAACAGGAGAUCGCCAGCAUUGCCCGCGCAGCCGAGGAUCGCUUGAACGAGCUCCAUCCAGAUCAGCGCCGUGAGUACGAAGAGCUGCGGGAAGAGUCCAAGCGACUUAGUUCUGAUCUCGGAGAGGCGCGGGACGAGCUCGACCAGGUCAGUGGAAGACUGAAUGCCGUGGAAAGCAGGCUCCGAAGCGAUCCUCUUCGCACACGACAUCAGCAGUUAAAUCAAACACGACGUGAGUUUGAAAAUCAGCUGAUCCAACUUCGCCAGGAGGUCCAACAAGGGUCCAUGAGCAUUCCGGAGCAGCGCGAAAUCCUUCUGUCGAAGGUCAAGAACGACAAUGGGGAGAUCGUUGCAGCAGAAAAAAACAACAGUGAGUUGAAGCUUGACAAUGAGCGCCUUCGAGCUCAGAUCAAGGAGGUUCAAGCAGAUGCGCAAGAAAAGAAGGAUGAGAGCAGCGACCAACAGAAGUACGAAAUCCUCUUUACCAAGGACCAAGAGAUGACGGCCUUCAUCGAGGGCUUUGCCGACAGCAAGGCAGAGGAGGAGAGAAAGAUCAAAGAAAAGCAGGAGAGCAUUGAGCGGCUCCUGCAAAACAUCUCCAAGAGCUUGGACUUGCCGACCGAUGUCACUCCGGAGUCUCACCUGAGAGAUAUGGAGGAUGAGUUGGACUUCAAGAGCCGACAGCUGCAGAACUCGGAAACGACACAGAGCCGCCUGGAGGGGGAGCUCGCCAAACGUGAAGGAGAACUCGAGAAGAUCGAGAGCCUCGACGUCAAGAUCUCCCUAGAGCUCUCUCAGGUUGAGGAAAAGAUGAAGCAGUACGAGAAGGAGAUGGCCGAGAGGUACGACAAGAUCGAGGAUAUGAAAGCACAAGGCGCCCUGGAGUUGCAGAAGCUAGAAGAGUCGAAGAGGAACCUCGAGGAGCGAUCUGUCGCCCUGCGACAACAGGUCAACUUCAUUCGGCUUAGAUACGACAGCAAACGGCAGCAGUUGCAAGAUGACGAGACUGCCGCAAACCUUGAGGGAUACGAGAGCAAGAUUCGACAAUUCGGGCAGACCUUGCAUACGCUUCGUACUUUCAUUCUACAAAAGACAUCAGAGUCAGAUUUCCGCGGUGAGAUGGCAAGCUGCCUAGACGUUGCGGGGCAGCUGAACAAGAUGCUCCAGGCAGAUGUUCGAGUACAGUUCAGAAGACAGUGCUCUGCGACCGCCGCCUCCUGUUUGAUUGACCACGAGGCUCGCCUGAUGUGGCGGUUCUCGACGGGUGGGGGGAGCCCGGGGAUGCUCCCAACGUCACCGCAGGUGGUCCCGUUCCUGCCACAGUGGCUCCGAAACGACUUGUUGAGUGAGCGCUUCGUGACCGAGUGUGUCACCUUCUUCCAGGACUUGGACAAGGACAAGAACGGCACCCUGGAGCCCGAGGAACUUUUUCCGAUGGUGCGCAGCAUGGCCGAUGCUCACAGCAUGGCGCUGGAUCUGGAUCAGCUUGGCUCCCAGAACUCGGUCGUGUGUGGUGCAUGUAGGACGGUCGUUGCAUAG